GUGGCUAGAGUCGGAAUUAUGAACUGCCUGUUAAUGCCUGGAGUACAACCGGGGUCUCCCUGCAAGGCCCGCGGUCAGAUACAGGUUAUCUUUGGACCCAUGUUCUCUGGGAAAAGCACUGAACUCAUGCGCCGGGUCCGCCGUUUCCAAAUUGCACAGUACAAAUGUCUGCUGAUCAAGUAUGCUAAAGAUACACGCUACUCUGCCAACGGGGUCUCCACUCAUGACAGGAACACCAUGGAGGCCCUGUCAGCUUGUUGCCUCAAAGAUGUUCAUCAAGAGGCCCUCAGCUCUGCGGUGAUUGGUAUAGAUGAGGGCCAAUUUUUUCCAGAUAUUGUAGAGUUCUCUGAGGCGAUGGCCAAUGCAGGGAAAACCGUCAUUGUUGCAGCCCUCGAUGGGACCUUCCAGAGAAAGGCCUUUGGGAACAUCUUGCAGCUGGUCCCCUUGGCAGAGAGUGUGGUGAAAUUAAAUGCUGUCUGUAUGGAGUGUUAUCGGGAGGCCUCUUACACGAAGAGGCUGGGCAUAGAGAAGGAGGUAGAAGUGAUUGGAGGGGCAGAUAAGUAUCAUUCAGUCUGUCGUGUCUGUUACUUCAAGAAGCGAUCGCACCAGCCGGUGCCUGAGAACAAAGAGAACCUACCAGGAGGGAACAAAGCAUUAGAGAUAACUGCAUCUAGGAAGGUCUUGGCUGCCCGUCAGAACAUGCAGUGGAGCCCAUCAAAGUGAAUGAGGCAGGAAGCAAGACUUCAGUGGACAUGCCUCACAGGAUUAA